AUGGGAAACGACAUCAAUGGCAUCGCUGUGGCCGUCCAGCAGUUCUACGAAGAGCGCAAGCAAGAGGACCUCCUGCCAUUCUGCUGGCGAAACCAGGACUGCGACAGCUGCCUUAAAGCCGCUGACUUCUGCACUCCUCUGGCGAGUAGUUCAAUAUGUCCCCUCGGUCCCAAGGAGAGGUGGGAGAUACGGACCCGCCCGUUCGGAUGUGGUGUCAGUACCGCUUCGUUCCUAACAUGCAUCGUCUCGGUGCUAAGUACCCUGGCGCUGGUGGCAGCUGCGUAUAUAGCUUAUCGGAUAUGGACUGCGAAGAAAGCUGAAGAAGAGGAGGAGCAGCAGCAACAGUCGGGUGGAGAGGACCAAUUUGGAGGCGAGCAGCAGUAUGGGAAUGAUCCGUACGGGAGUGGAGGAGGGUAUGGUGGCGCUCAAUAUGGUGAAGGAGGGGGGAUAGGAGAAGGGAUAGUUCCUGGUCUUGUGGGUGGUAUUUCGAACUGGAUGGGUCAGGAACAUAGAGGACCGGAAACUAUUCCAGAGGAAGAUGAGGAACAGGAUGAGCGUUCGCCUUUGCUAUGA